AUGAAAUCUAUUUCUCUCUCUCUCUCUCUCUCUCUAUUAAGGGUUUGGGUGGUUGUUUAUAAUAAAGGUGUUAAGGACUGCCCAGACUUCUUUCUCAACCUGUUCCGAUCUAUCUUUGUCACUUUCCGUAUUCCAAGCCAAAUCUCUUCCGGGCAAAAUUCAAUACCGUCAAAGAACACCAUUCCAAACUCGCCCCAGCCUCCCCAUCUCCGACAGACACGCAAGGAUCAAAAUCCCUUUGUUAUCAAAGGGAUUGACACGGUGACCUUUGACACCUGCCCGUCACUUUCCUUCUCAUUGACCAUUUCCUCGUUUGCAUACCUAGAUUUUUAUUUAUCUAUCUGGAACUUAUUUAUUUUACCUUUCUUUCUUUCUUUCUUUCUUUCUUUUUUCUGUUAUUCGUUGUUGAAAUUUUUCUUUUCUUUCCCUCCUUCUACUUCUGAUGCCCUGCCCUCCUAUUUUUAUGCAUUUUUUUUUAUAUUCUCUAUUAUUUACUCUUCUUCUCCUCCUCCUCACCAUUACCGCUCUUUUGCUUCCUUUCUUUCUUUCUUUGAUUUCUUUUACUUCAUCUUCAUUUCAUUCUUUUCCUUCUAUUCUUCAUUUGUCUGUUCGUAUCUAUCUAUCUAUCUCUAUUUCAGCGUCUUUAUAUCUAUCUAUCUCUAUUUCAGCGGGUUUAUAUCUAUCUAUCUAUCUAUCUAUCUAUCUAUCUAUCUAUCUCUAUUUCAGCAUCUUUAUAUCUAUCUAUUUAUCUAUCUCUAUUUCAGCGUCUUUAUAUCUAUCUAUCUAUCUCUAUUUCAGCGCGUUUAUAUCUAUCUAUCUAUCUAUCUCUAUUUCAGCGUGUUUAUAUAUCUGUCCGUUUAUAUCUAUCUAUUUAUCUAUCUCUGUCCGUUUUAUAUCUAUCUAUCUAUAUCUAUCUCCCGAUACACGCUCUCUCUCUCUCUCUCUCUCUCUCUCUCUCUCUCUCUCUCUCUCUCUCUCUCAGAAAAUGCAGAUAAGAUCCGUUCAGCAUAG